AGGCGGAGAAAGUGGGCCUGGGAUAUAAUUUUAUACAACAGCUGACACAUUACAGUCGAAUAAAUUAUUAACGUGGAAGCCAUGACAUUUUAAGAGGUGGAGUGGUUGACAUAUAGAGACAAAAACAGUGCGAGGUAUGGUUAGCAUUCAGCUUGUGAAGACGGUCGAGUUGGCUGGUCCUCGGCCAUAUCUCCCCGGACUUUGAGAGCAAGCACCUGCAGAGUACACCAGAGGUAGCCUGUGGUAGAGACGGUCGGUAGCAUGCUACUUCAAGCGUUUUUCCUUUCGACACUAAUGUCGUUGUCGAUGACCACGUCGCCUCCUCACAUCAUGAUGAUCGUCUCCGAUGACCUCGGCUGGGCCGAUGUCGGGUGGAGGGAUCGCUCCAUGUACACUCCAAAUCUGGAUCGCUUGAAGGCUGAAGGGGUGGAGCUGACUAACGCGUAUGCACAGCCCACGUGCACCCCUUCUCGUGCUGCUUUCCUCACAGGCAUCUACCCGUUUCGUAUGGGCAUUCAAGACUCCGUGUUCAGCGCCCUGGAGAACAUCUCCGUGCCGCUGGACAAGAAGAUGUUGCAGCAGAGUCUGAAGGAGGUCGGUUACGCCACUCACAUGGUGGGCAAGUGGCACCUGGGUUUCUGUCGCUGGGACAUGACACCCACACGACGAGGGUUCGACUCCUUCUACGGCAUGUACAACGGCUACUCCGACUACUUCACCCACACUGGACACUGGAACGGCUACGACCUGGUCUUCAACGACAGACCGGUGUGGUCCGCCAAUGGCACCUACUCCACACACCUGUACACACAGAGAACCAUCGACAUCCUUAGGACCCACAACCGCUCACAGCCUCUCUUCAUCUACCUGGCUUAUCAGGCCGUUCAUGGGCCACUUGAAGUGCCUGAGCACUACGUCAACAAUUUCUGCUCUGGCGUCACCACAUCUGAAGACCGGAAGUUGCAUUGUGGAAUGGGGGCGGCCAUGGACGAGGGCAUCGGUAACAUCACGCGCGUGCUGGAAGAGCUGGGUUACAUGGACAACCUGCUCAUCUUCUUCACCUCGGACAACGGCGGGCCUGUGAACACUGGCUCCAGCAACUGGCCGCUGAGGGGGAGCAAGCUGACUCUGUGGGAAGGAGGAACCAAAGUCACAAGUUUCCUACACAGCAACACACUGCUGAGGGGCAACACAUCCUACAAUGGUCUUGUCCACGCUGUUGACUGGUACCCGACUUUGGUGCGAGCAGCUGGUGGCAGGAAUCUCCCCGAGAAUAUUGACGGCCUUGACCUUUGGGGCAGCAUCUCCCGCAAUGAAGUCAGCCCUCGGCAGGAGUUUGUCUACGACAUCAAUGAUGUCAAGGACCGUGCUGCUCUCCGCUUCCAAAAUUACAAGUUGACGUGGAAAUACCCGGGCAACCCCGGGGGCUGGUACAAUCCGCCACCUGGGGUGAACGCACCCGCGGAGCCGAGACCAGGGAGAAAGGAGUACAGUCUGUACGACCUCAAUGCCGACCCGACGGAGAGGAACGACAUCAGCUCUCGCGCCGACGUCAGCAGCGUGUACGCCUCCAUGGUGCGGAAGCUGGACGGCUACAGACGCCUCGUGACCCCCUCGCUACGGCCUCGUACUCUUCGCGCGGGUAGGCCGCAGCGCUGGGGUGGGGCGUGGACACCCGGAUGGUGCUGACCCCGAUGACGUCGGAGGUGUAUGUGGAUAUUACUUUAGCUUCAAUAUUCAGUCACUUUGUCAGAUAUCUAGAGUAGAGCAGACUUUUAGAAGCCUGAUAAAGAGACUUUCUUGAGCUUUCUCUGGUGUAAGUAUUUGAAAAACUUUCGAAAAUCGUUCAACUGCAUGAAAAUAAAGUGUUGGGGUUAUA